UACCCAUUCUAAAGUCUUUUUUGUUCUUCGUACAGAGUUGGAAGAAACCGAAACAGAAUCCAAAAGUAGAAGAAACCUUUGUUUAUUGAAAAAUACAGAGAGAGAUGGCGACCCUAGAUUCCGACGUCCCUAUGGUAGCCGCCGGCGAGUCCUCCUGCUCUCACGGUCCCUCUUCUUCCAAGAAGCCCAAGCGCUUCGAGAUCAAGAAGUGGAAUGCUGUUUCUCUCUGGGCUUGGGACAUUGUUGUUGAUAACUGCGCUAUCUGCAGGAAUCAUAUCAUGGAUCUUUGCAUUGAGUGUCAGGCAAAUCAAGCUAGCGCAACUAGUGAGGAAUGCACAGUUGCUUGGGGGGUUUGUAACCAUGCAUUUCAUUUCCAUUGCAUUAGCCGAUGGCUCAAGACCCGUCAAGUUUGCCCUCUAGAUAACAGUGAGUGGGAGUUUCAGAAAUACGGUCACUAACUUCGAUGCCGCGAGCUACUGCCUACUUGGACAUUUGGACUGUGUCUUUUGUUUUGGAACAUUUGUAGCUCUAUCCACUGUCCUUUGCUUGUCUACUUUAGUGUAACAGUAUUUUAAGAAAGUCACUCAUGAAAUGCAUUGUAACACAGUUACAUACCUACUGGGAAAUGAAAUCAUACUCUUUCAACUUACACAAAUAUGGGAUUUGUGCUGGGUCAUUUGAUUCCUUCGCCUGAGAGGAAAAUGAGAUGUUUAUUAUUGAAAUAUGUACAUUGAUUAUAUGUAUACAAAACUUGAAUUUUAGA